AUGCGGCCGUGCGUGGCGUUCUCCCAGUGUUUGCGUGGCUGCAGUUGUGUGGAGGACCGCUAUGGACGGUCUCUCACUUGCAUGGAGGAUAAUUUGUUCCGGAGCAUCCCAGAAGAGCUGCCUGAAGGCCUGACUAAAGCGCGCAUCGAGAAGUCCCACUUCAGCGAGAUCCCACGUGGAGCCUUUUCCCGGAGCACAGAGCUGGAAAACCUGUGGCUCAACUUCAACGACAUCGCUCUCAUCAACUCUAAAGGUCUGGAGGGUCUGUCCAACCUGACAGAGCUACGCCUGCAGGGGAACAAGCUGCGCUCUCUGCCAUGGACCGCCUUCGAAGACACGCCCGCACUCAAGAUUUUGGACCUGAAGAAAAACCAGCUUGAUGUCCUGCCUGAGAACGCACUCAAAUACUUGCAUGGGCUCACCUACUUGGACUUAUCUUUCAAUCAGCUCACGGUCAUAUCCAAGGAGGUGUUCCUAAACUGGCCCCUGUACCAGAAGCUGCGGAGUCAGGAGGGCGCAGAAGGGGGCGAUGUGGGGCCGAACGUGGUGCUAGCGCUUCACGACAACCCCUGGCUUUGCGACUGCCGCCUCAAGGGCUUCGUGGAAUUCACUCGCUCCCUUAGCCCUCCCAUUAUUCUCAUGAACUCUUACUUGAGCUGCACCGGGCCAGACUUCAAGGCGGGCCAGUUCUUCCAUGAGGUGGAGGUGCGCACGUGCAUCAAACCUGUGGUCAGUCCCGCCACUGCCAACAUGAGCUUGGCCCUGGGGGGAAACGCCACGCUGAGCUGCCUGGCCAAGGCGCGGCCCCAGCCAUCGGUGUGGUGGACAUAUGGACUGAAGAUAAUCAGAGGAUUUCAUGAGUUCCAGGAGCGUGUGGACGAGGACACUGUGCGCUCCCUCUUGCUGAUCCCGUCCCUUCAGGUGUCUGACCGAGGCAUCUACACCUGCACCGCAGUCAACUACAUGGGCAACUCUUCUGCCACCAUCCUCGUGGACAUCCAGACUCCAGAAGGCUCCACUGCUCACUCCACAAACAAAGAAACAGCGGCCCAACCCUCGUCUGCCCAAGAAAACAUCUUCAUUGACAUCCGCAUCGCCAAACAAACUGUCCGGGGCAUAUCCAUUGAGUGGUAUGCCGCGUUGGAACACCCAGAUCAGACUUGGUUCACCAUUCACUUUGGACGCAUCGACACAAAGAAAGAAACUAUUUUUAUUGGCCCGGGAAUCAACUCAUACACGGUUAACGACUUGCUGCCUGCUACUAAGUACGAGAUCUGCGUCACGCUAAAGAACGAAAGCCCGCGGCCCGGUCAGUGCAUCGUGUUUGUGACGGGCAGCGAUAUUACCGAGAUGGAGCAGCGGGAGAAGCUGAUUCACAUCGUGGUGAUCGUGUUGGCCAUGGUACUGGCGGUGCCCAUUGGGAUGUACGCGUGCACUACGGACACCAAACUGGCAUGCGUGGAGAGGAUUCUGAUCUUGUGGAAGAACAGGAGAGAAAGCAGGAGCCAGGGAGCAGAAAGGGAAAGACAAGGGACGUUCGACAGUCUGCAAGCGGCCAGCGACGAAGGCCUGGUCAAUAAAGACUCAAGUGAGGACCGCAAGGUGAGGAGGAGGUCAGAGGACAGGUCCAUCAAAGGCAGGCUCAGUGCCCAGCUCUACUGA